AAACUCUGAAAAGACCCGGCGGGAGCGUCAGUGCCUCAGUGUGUCUAACUUGACCUGAGUCAGAUUUUAUCGUUUCCACUUCCCGCAAAACUAAACUUUGUGCCAGAAAGAGACGAAGAGUGAAGAAUGAAGUGAGCAGAAGAGGAGGAGGAGCAGAGCCGAUCAGUCCCAUUGAUCGGGUAUCGAGUCGCUCGGAGAUGCAGGCCUCCGCCGUGGCCGCGGCUCUCAGCGUGCUGGGCGUUCUGCUCAGCCUGGAGUGCACGGUGUCCCACCAGCCCAAAGACGGCGAGGAGAAAACACGGCCGCAUAUCAUCUUCAUCCUCACAGAUGACCAGGGCUACAACGACAUUGGUUAUCACAACCCAACCAUCAAGACGCCCACACUGGACAAGCUGGCGGCGGAGGGUGUGAAGUUAGAGAACUACUACGUCCAGCCCAUCUGCACGCCGUCACGCAGCCAACUCAUCACCGGCAGGUAUCAGAUCCACACGGGACUACAGCACUCCAUCAUCAGGCCGCGGCAGCCGAGCUGUCUGCCGUCACACAUGGACACGCUGCCCGAGAGACUCCGCCAGGCCGGCUACACCACACACAUGGUGGGCAAGUGGCACCUGGGCUUCUACAGGAAAGUGUGCCUGCCCACCAGAAAAGGUUUCGACAGUUUCUUCGGCUCUUUAACAGGAAGUGUGGAUUACUACAACUACGAGUCCUGUGAUGGUCCUGGAUUAUGUGGGUACGAUCUCCAUGAUGACGAGUCUGUGGCCUGGGGGCAGGAGGGGAAAUACUCCACCCUACUGUUCACACAGAGGGCGCGAAAAAUCCUGGAGAGCCACGAUCCCGCUGCACGGCCAAUGUUCCUGCUGUUGUCCCUACAGGCCGUCCACACGCCUUUACAGCCCCCAAAAUCCUACAUCUACCCGUACCGCCACAUGGCUAACGUCGCCAGGAGGAAGUACGCUGCCAUGGUUUCUACGGUGGAUGAAGCAGUUCGCAACAUAACCUACGCCGUUCGAAAGUAUGGAUACUACCGGAACAGCGUGAUCAUCUACUCCACCGACAACGGCGCCCAGCCGUUCACAGGCGGGAGCAACUGGCCCCUCCGCGGGCGGAAGGGUACUUACUGGGAAGGCGGAGUCCGCGGGGUGGCGUUUGUCCACAGUCCACUGCUGCGGCGCAGGCGGCGGAUCUCCAAAGCUCUUCUCCACAUCACUGACUGGUUCCCGACCCUGGUGGGUCUGGCUGGAGGAAACAACAGCCAGAGUCGCGGCCUGGAUGGUUUUGAUGUUUGGCCCACCAUCAGUGAAGGGGCAGAGUCACCUCGACAGGAAAUCCUUCACAACAUCGACCCUCUGCACAAACCUCUGGCUUCAGCCACCGUCAGGGAAACCAGCAAAAAGAAGGUCACGAGGACAGCGCCAGGAGCCUCAGGUAGCGCAGCAAGAGGCUCAGGUUCAGGGCCGAAGAAGCCAAAGAAGAAGCGGCAGCAGAAGGAGAAACUGGUGUUCAAAGCAAAGACCACCAAGAAACCUUGGACUUUUUCCCAUCAUGCACCAAAGUCCAAGCCCGUUCCCAAAUCAAAAAUGAAGCUUCUCAUCAAAUCAAAGCUCAAACCCCAAAUGAACUCCCAGUACAGGAAACGCUUGAAGUCCUAUUUCAGAGGGGCUCCAUUCACCCACCAGGGGCCAGUGUCAGGAACAAGAAGCCCCAAAUUCCACGUUCGCAUUCAAUCACCUUUAGAGCCAAAGUCCAGACAGAUCUCAUCCCAGUACCAGGACCUGCCACAGUCAAGAGCACGACAACCCAUGUCUCAGGUAACGCUCAGCGUGACGUCCCCGCCCACCCCGUCUGUUUGGGACACAUCUGUCCAGGCUGCCAUAAGAGUUGGCGACUGGAAGCUGCUAACAGGAGACCCAGGUCAUGGUGACUGGGUCCCACCUCAGGUCCUUCCAACUCUUCCUGGUCGCUGGUGGAACCUCGAACGGGGCUUCUCAACGCUUUACAAAACCCCUGCACACAAAAACGUUUGGCUCUUCAACAUCACAGAUGACCCGUGUGAACGCCGGGACUUGGCAGACCAGAGACCAGAUGUGGUUCAACAGCUGCUGGCCCGACUUGCCCACUACAACCAGACCGCUGUGCCGGUUUACUUUCCACCCGACGACCCUCAGGCCAACCCUAGCCGGCACGGCGGCGCCUGGGUACCCUGGGCAAAUGGAGGGAAGGACGAGGAGGUAAAAUAUCAUGGAGUUUACAAGAAAAGUAAGAACAAUAAGAAGAAGAAAAAGAAGUGUCGUUUGUGCAAGCUGAAGUCGUUCUUUCUGAAACUAAAUACCGGGAUGAUGUCCAACCGGAUCUGAGGUGCCAGCUGAGCCGGGAUAUUAAUGCUACCAAGGGGGUUAUGUUUUCACAGGUGUGUUUGUAAUGAGAACAAGAAAAAAAAAAAAAAAAAAAAAAAAAUCUAUGGACCAGUUUUCUUGACAGACGUUUGAGGGGUGUGGAUCCUGAUCUAGGGACAGUUCCGGAUGCCGCCCCCAUGACUAGGACCUAAUGCGAGAUGUUUCUAGAGGGUGCAGAUGUUUGGUAUUUUACCUUUUUAGUAAUACGUCGGAUCACGUUAAUAGCCAAAACGCACACCUGCCCUCACGUGGUAACGAGCCAUGAUGUGUGGAAUCUGCAUUACUACUGUAAACGGCUUUUUGCUCACAUUUUUUUUUGUUGAAUUUCAACAUCAAGUUCUUAAGAUGUUUCUCAGAAGAUGCUGUUGGUUCAGGUCUGGGAGGGUGUGCUGGUACUGCGCGUUACCACAUCCACCACACCGUGGUACUGCCUUGGGUCCUGGAUGACAACCACCCAGGUACAUCAGGCAGUUGAGGGCAGCUGUAUUUGGGGAACCAAUACACAGUGAGAUACUCGUCUCUAAUCGGCCUCCGAGCCUGUUCUUAAAGAUUGUGACCUCUCCGUGUGACUUCACCUCAUUUUUGUGACAGUUUAAGAGUUCUUGUAGAAAAUGGCUGACGCAGUUUGAACAUGUUUACAGCGGUGUCAUUAGGUUGACUUCUGUAAUUGUUUUGGACACACAGACACAAUAAUGCCUGAAAUGGUU